AAGCAGAUCUUUACAGUAAAAAGUCAGGCAAAGAAAGAGCCAAGUAUCACAGUGAGAACCUUUUCUAUAUCCUUUUUCAGUAGGUCCCCUUCCCUGUUGAGGAGUGAGCCCAGUUUUUAUCUGGUCUUCCUUUUGCUAUUGAGGUAAUGAUGUAGAAGCUCUUCUUGUUGGCCUUCACAUCCCUCAGCAGUUUCAACUGCAGAUGAGUUUUGUCUUUCCUAACUCGAUCCUUGCACUCCCAAGCAAUGUCUCUAUGUUCCGCUUGGGUAGACGGUCCCUACUUCUUCCUCCCCUAUAUCUUUUACACUGUCAUUGCCACCAGCCCUGCAGCCAAGACAGGGGUAGCUGUGUCUUACUGCAUGGUCAUGGGUUUUCCGAUCAGCCUGUGCCGAGUGAUACUUCGUGUUUUCAUAUCCACUUACUUGCUUUCCAGACGACUUCAUUCUUUGAGCUGAACAGAAUGAAGACCCUGAAGUACACAAAAACAGAAGUGAGAGAACAGCUGCAUCAGGAAUCAAUAAAUGUGAACAUGCUGAAAUGGGUCAUCGAAGAAGCCUGAUCAGUGAAUGCUAUUUCCCAAACACCUGACACACUUGAAACCGGCUGCUGAGUUCCUGGCUGUGACUGGUGGGUACUCAGACCGCCGGUUGUCUGAAUACGUAAAAAAUGAGCUGAAGAGGGAUGCAAGCGCAGAACAGUUCAGAGACAUAUUGGGAGUAGCAAACAGACCGCUGAAGCACAUCCUGUCUCUGUGGCAAACAUUGUCAGCAAAGAGAUCUAUACUGCUGGUGCAGAUGAACCAGAAUCCUUUCUGCCUGGUUUCUGAGCAGUACCAUGAGGAAUUGAGUGAAGAGAAGAAAGCAGCUCUGACUACUGCACUCUCUGCAGUUAACCUGGAUUUGUUCCUUAUUGAGCUCCAUGAGAUGAUCAUUGUGCGCCUGGACAGCUUUGAUCCACAGUGGGGGCUAACGGAAACUUUCGAACUUCCUGGGAGACAGGCAAGAUGAUGCCUCCAUUGAAAACCUGACAGGCCGUUUGAGUCCAGACCUUCUACUGAAGAAUGUUGUUUCUGUCUGGAAGACAGCUGUGAGGGCCAGCAAACCUCAUAGCCUUACUAACAUCCAGGAGAGACCAACCUAACCCUUGCUAAGCCCCCUAGGAAUUAACUCACCAGCAUCUUCCCCAAUCCAGUUAUCAAUGCCCUGAGUGCCUUAAUUGUCCUGACCAACCCCACCCAGAAUUUCUUCCUGUGCAUCCAUUAUCCACUGGUCCUGGAGUUCCACUUAAGCUCAGCUUGGGCCUCUGUCCCUGCCUGAGUUAUGCUGUAAGUGUGUUGAUGUACAGCACUGUGCCCUGACAGUCCUGAUUUGUUCACUAGUCUUCCUGCAUUGACCUCGGACCGGUGUCAUCACGUCACUUUGUUUGAUGAUCACUGGCCAGUCAAUAGAAUCUGGUUCUGACCAGGUUCUGUGGGACUGUGCCUGGUCAGUGGGUACACUGUCCUGCCUCUGCUGGGGUCACCCUCUUCUUCCAGCUCAUUUUCCUGUAUGGAACAGACCCACAACUGCCAUUCUAUGACAAAAAUGCACCCACGAACCAUACAGCUUGUUGCGAAUUUAUUGCAUCCAAGUUUCAGAGCAGGUUAC